AUGUUGUCGAAAAUUUUGAUCCUGGCCUUAGUCGCCGUCGCUCAAUGCCUGCCAUUGAAUGACGAGGGUGCUGACAAACUUGUCGACCAAUUGCUUGAUGUUGUCAAGACCAAAUACGGUGCCCAACUGGACCCACUUCACCUGAACGACUCAGUCGCCGCAUUUAGCAAGAAAAUCCUCGGUAUCACCUUUCACGGUGACGCCAAACUGACCGAGGGCACCAUCACCGGCCUGAAGAACCUCAAGAGGUCGGGCCCCUCAGACAUCCAGACCAAGGAUGCCUUCAAAGCGCACGUACAGUUCGGCGACAACAACCUCGCCAUCCAUUUCAAGGCGAUCCUCGACUUCAUGGACCUCCACACGGACGGCAUCCUUAACGCCCAGGUGGGCAACCUGGACGUCAAGGUCGACGUUGCCAUUGACUCGAAAUCGGGCAAAAUCACCAUCAACUCGUUCGAAGUGGACAAACUGAAAAGUGUCAAGAUCGAUUUUCACGGACCCAUCCCGGUGGCCGAUGAGAUUGUUGACUUAAUUGGCGAGGCAUUCAUCACCAUUUUCAACAAGCAAGCCGAGGAGUUGGUGGGUAAAGUGGUGAAGGACAUUUUGGCCAAGGAGCUCGACCACAUGAAAUUCCCGCCCCAGUAA